GAAGAAGAAGAAGAAGAAGAAGAAGAAGAAGUUGUUUAGUGCGUUGGUUCCAUGGCGACAGUGUGACAGCUGCAUGUAUCAGCCUUCUUCAGACCUUCUUCUCCACGCUGAUAGUCAUGUCAUAAUCAAAUAUGUGGAGGUUAAACAAGGUUCGCCACAAAGCUGGUCGACACCCUGAUCGCUUGGAGGGGAUCCGGCUAAAGAAGAGAGUGCAAGAAAAAGAGUUGAGACAGGCCCGCAGAGACAAACAGCUCGUGAGCAAAAGACUCCUGCUUGAUGAAGAUGAGGACCAAUCAGAGACCACCAUGGAUACUGCCUCAGAAGAGCAGGAUGUUGUCAGUUUAUUUCACAAACUUCAACACAGUGUGCCGGAGAGAGAGCUCCACCUGAAAAUUUUGAGUAAAGCUCUACGUGACCCCUCAGCUCAGCUCACCUUUAUCAAGCUGGAGAACAGCAUGCGUCUUCUGGUUGGUCUCCUCACUGGCACAAAUGCAACGUGCCGUCUGCAGGCUGUUCAGUGUCUUCAUGAGUUGUCUCACUCCCCUCACACAAACAUAGCAUUGGCGUGUCUACCUGCGACCCCCUACCUGCUCACCUAUUUGUCUGGCCAAAGCACCAAGUUUACUGAGCUGUGUCUCUACACACUGGGUAACUUGUGCCCAGAAAGUGAUGUUGUGAAAGAGAAACUCCUUGCUCAGGGAAUUAUACCAGCUCUGGCCAACUGCAUAGAGAAUCAGAGACAUAACCUUGCUGUGGUAGAGGCUGCAGGUUUCAGCCUCUCUCAGCUUCUCCAGGCUAAAGAUGGAGCAGGAAAAAUAAUUGAGAUGGUCCUGGCUUCCAGCUUACCUUCAAGUUUGUUAUCAGUCCUAACUCCUGACGCAAACUUUGGUCUGGCACCUGCCAUCGAGUGUGCGUGGUGUCUUCAUUACCUCAUAUGCAAUAUGGAAGAUCACAGAUUGCUGUUGGCUCUUGGGGUGCUCUCACACUGCAGUUCACUAUUAGUGUCACUAGGUGGUGCUGUGGAUGAAGGAAACAAAGAAGAAGGGCUGGAGCUGCUCAUCUGUCCUCUGCUAAGAUGUGUGGGAAACCUACUCUCCUCCUGCCGAGUGGAAGACCUAGGCAUCCAAGUCGGUGACGUUCACAUUGUAGUUACUUUGUGUGCACUUCUUCAGGCCUACGUUAAAACUCAGCCCGCCUUGGCCAGAGAGUGUGCCUGGGUCCUCAACAAUCUCACAGCUCACUCCAGUGCUUUCUGCUCUGCUCUGCUGACUUUCAACUUAGUCCCUGGACUUAUUCAGCUCCUUCGGUUCUCUCAAGGCAUUAACACCAUGAUCAUGAGGGUUCUAGCAAACAUCACCUACAAGGAAAAGGAGUUCUGUGUCCAGCUAGCCCACCUUGGAUUGCUGUCAGCACUUUGUGCAACUCUAAAAAUGGCCGACAAGGACAUGGUGGUCCUGAGCAUGGAUGUCUUGUUCAUGCUAGUACUUAGUGGUCCACAGGUGACAGAGGAGUUUCUGAGGCAGGGCGGGCUUUCACAGGUAGAAGCUCUUCAGUACAACACUGAGAAAGAGAUAAGACGAAGAGCAACGUAUCUCCUGGAAAACCAUCUAUUUAGUUCCUAGAUUAAAACUGAAAACUUUAACUUUGUCCUUGUACCAUGCUUGUACUUUGUCCUUGUACUCAUACUUUUUAGACCUUUUAAUACGAUUUGCUGGUUUUGAUGAACUGAACCAUCACUGUGUGUUGUCAAUUACAUUUUUAAACAUAAGAAUGAAAUACAACUUUAUCACCUGAGGCUCUAUACCUCAAACAUUUGUUAUGAUGUAUUUUGUGACCACCAUUGAGAAGAUGAAGAACAAGGGUGUUGUUUUAUCUUGAAUACUUUCUGCACAUUCAGAGGAGUUUUUAUUACAUAGAAUAGCAAGUUUUAGAAGUAUCAUAUUUUUAAGCCAGUAAUGUAAUACUGUUGACAACUGCUCUUUGAUAAAAUAAACUGUUGAUGCAUAUAAGCUUCACUAUGCAUGUACUUGUAUGACUGCUUUUAAGAAAUUAUCUGAGGAAGAAUAAAUAUGAUUUGAUCACUGA